ACUCAAACCACAUCAACCAGUCUGCACCGAGCCACCGAACCCACCUCUCGCCGGAUCCCUGCAAGGAGCAAGCAAGCGACGAUGGACGCCAGCAAGCUGAAGAAGGUGGCCGGGAAGAAGUUCGGCGGGCCGAGGAAGAAGUCGGUGACCCGGUCCGUCAAGGCCGGGCUCCAGUUCCCCGUCGGCCGCAUCGGGCGCUACCUCAAGAAGGGCCGCUACGCCCAGCGCGUCGGCUCCGGCGCCCCCGUCUACCUCGCCGCCGUCCUCGAGUACCUCGCAGCCGAGGUGCUGGAGCUGGCCGGGAACGCCGCCAAGGACAACAAGAAGACGAGGAUCGUGCCCAGGCACCUGCUGCUGGCCAUCCGCAACGACCAGGAGCUCGGGAGGCUGCUGAGCGGCGUCACCAUCGCCCACGGCGGCGUGAUCCCCAACAUCAACCCGGUGCUGCUCCCCAAGAAGGCCGCCGAGAAGGCCGAGAAGGCCGCCGCCAAGUCGCCCAAGAAGGCCACCAAGUCCCCCAAGAAGGCCACCAAGGCCUAGAUCCUAGUAGUGUCUGCGGUGUACUGAUGGUUCCAGUUUGGUUAGAUGUAGUCGCUGUUUCACUCUGUGUCCCUGCGCCCCUGAUGUAAUCGCCAACAAAGCGGAAGCCGCUUGCUUCCCCUUGACUUAUGAAUUAGUAUCAACUAUGCGUUUCUGAA